AGAGACCGCACAAACGUACUAGAAAGCUUAGUAACGUGGACCUUAUUGAGAGGUACCGCUUUCCAAGAAAUGUCAUCGUUGACAUUAUAAACAGCGUUGACCCCAUUGUUGGGAGGUCCACGAGGAGAACUAAUGCAGUUCCAACUUAUACACAGGUACAAGAGCACUUCAUUCUGUGAUAAAAAUACAUGAAUUAUUAAACAAACACAAAAGUAUUCAUUCAUGUAUGUGUGUUAUAAAACUUUAAUUGAAAUUUCAAAUUGUAUUAUUUAACUUUUUUUUUAAUUAUUACAUACAUAUUUUAUAUGCUAAAUAACUAUAUGCUGUUUUUAUAUUAUAUAUUUAUAUUAUACAAGGUGCUUGUGACAUUAAGGUACCUAGGAAAAGGAGAUUUUUAUUCAGAGGUGGGGGACUUGCAUGGCAUUUCUCGUGCAUCAGUUAGCAGAAUUGUUCAUGAAGUUUGUGUGGCCAUCAAUUCGACGAUGGAGAACAUCACGUUCCCUAAUGAUGCAGAUACUUUACGUUCUUUAAAAGCCGAUUUCUUUAAGAUAGCGCAUUUUCCCAAUUGUGUAGGGGCUAUUGACGGGACCCUUAUACCAAUCAAAGGGAUGAGUGGGUUGGCAGAACCUGCAUUUAUUUGCAGAAAGAAUUACUGUGCCUUGAACAUCGAGGCUGUGGCUGACCCAAAUAUGCGAUUUCUCCACAUCAACACGUGUUUUCCCGGAGCCAGCCACGACGCGUAUGUGCUCCGGUCUUCUGGCGUCCCAGCAAUCAUGGAAUCAUUGCCAGAAGGGGGAUGGUUACUUGGGGAUUCAGGUUACCCCCUGAAAGAAUGGUUACUUACACCAUUUUUGUCACCAAGUAACCCCCAAGAAGAAAAAUACAAUGAAGCUCUAUCAAAGACGAGAAUAGUUGUUGAGAGGGCAUUCGGAGUUCUAAAAUCCAGAUUUCGGUGUUUGCAUUCAAGUGGUGGGGGACUUCGGUUUUCACCGCAAAGAUGCUCCAAAGUCAUUGAAACAUGUUUCAGACUGCACAACACAGCGAUCAUUGCAAAAGUUCCCCUCCGACAACAAGGGCCUGUACAAAACAUUAACCGUAAUGAUGUCGUUAUUGCAAAUGUACAGGGAACAGCGCAGCAACUGAUGAUACGUGUGACUGGCUUGUUAUGACAUUUGACCUGAACAAGACAUUUCAUAUUAAUUUUGUUAUUUAUGAAAUAAACUAUUUUAAUAUUUAUUUUGAAUAUCCAUAAACUUAAAUGCAUUUAUAAAGUUUUCUUAAACAAAAAUUUAGAUUGUAUAUAAUCAAAUUCUGUAAAUGAAUGCAAAGUAUAAUUAUUUUUUACAACAACA